UGCUCACACGCAUCGAGUUUCUGCUACGACACGUACCGAGGUUCGGUGAUCUGUCCCACCAAUGUGCGAGCAAGUGUUUACCAUCCAAUAAGAGUUAUAAAACAGUUGUUAUAACCACAAAAUUAAAGCCAACAGCUUUCAUACUGAAGACUGAGGUCAGCUUCUGAAGUGCCAGCUAGCGCCGAGCUAUGGAGGAGCGGAAGGACGAGGGACAGGCGGAGAUCCAGGAACACGGUCCGGAGCACUGGUUCUCCAAGUGGGAGCGCCAGUGUUUAGCCGAGGCCGAACAGGACGAUCCAUCCGAGGAGGAGACGGAGCAGAGCCAGCAGAAGCUAUGGCACCUCUUUCAGAACUCGGCCACUGCGGUAGCACAGCUGUAUAAAGAUCGAGUAUGCCAGCAGCAAGGCUUGUCUCUCUGGGUGCCUUUUCAGAAUGCAGCUACAGCAGUUACCAACCUGUACAAAGAGAGUAUGGAGGCCCAUCAGCGGAGCUAUGAUCUGGCUAUCCAGAGAGGCUACCAGCGUAGGAAUAAGGAGAUGAUCGCAUGGGUGAAGAAACGCAGAAGAACCAUUCGGCGAGAAGACCUCAUUAGCUUCCUGUGUGGCAGAGUUCCACCCUUACGGACAGCUCGUGCUCCACCUAGAGUCACUAUGGUGUCUGCAAAUAGAUCUUCACCCUCAGAGACGGGCAGCUCUGUGGAGACUGACCUGCAGCCCUUCAGAGAAGCCAUCGCCCUCCAUGGCCUCAGUGGUGCUAUGGCCAGCAUUUCAGUGCGUUCUGGUCCUCCCAGUUCCCCAACUCAUCCUGCCCCAUCCCUCAGUCGUCGUAGAAAUGGACUUCACGACAUGGACCUCAAUACUUUUAUCGCAGAAGAAAUGGCACUUCAUUUGGAUUCUACAGCCAGCCGUAAGCGAGGGCCUGCCCCCUGUAGUGAUGUCAUCACAGACUCACCCACUCAGAAACGCGGCAGGAUGCUCUGAACUUGUCCUGCUCCACUAAACCCUCCUCGAUGGUGACUGAAUGAACUGCAGCUGAAGACCGUUGCCUUGUCCAACCAUUGAAAUCUUCCUGUUUCAGUACUGUAAAUAAAACUGGACUAUGAACAGUCCCCGUAAUUCUCCCCUUGUCUUUUUCUUUCUUUUCCUGUGCGUUGUCUGGUGUCGCAGGUAGAGCUCUGUUCUUCUGGUAAUAUGUUUCCUAUUUUUCCUGAGUGCCCUCAGUAGAUCUGAUAGCCCAACAAGCACAGAUCGGCAUUGAGAUCCUUAAAUUGUAGAAUGUUUCAUUUGGAUAUUUGGCUCGCACACUUUGAUUUUCACAUCCAGUCUGUUCACACACUUAAUUCCCAAACAGACACUUGCCUACUUCACGGCCAUCUGUGCCCUGUUCUCCAUAAAUAUCCGGAGGUGCAUCAGGAACGGCAUCUAGUGUUAAAGAUUUGUGCCAAAUCAGCUUGCGGUCACGGGCCAGAUCUGUGGUGACCCCCGCGCAAAACGGAAGGCACCAAAAAUAAUUACAUCCUAUAAUCAAAUGAAGUGGGUUGUUUAAUUUAGUUUUCUUCUUUCACUCAAACUGCUCCUCUUCACCGGUUUAACUACUCAAACUUUGAUUUUUCAGCAGGUGCGACCUUCUCCCUGUGAUUAUCGCGCUGCUGACGCUAUCGGUGUCUGACAGCAGACUUACUACAACUUACUGUGUUUUACUCGUCUUUGCCUUUCCGGAAGCUGCUGCACUGUCUCUGGUUUUGCAGCUGUGCAUGUGUGCAGUGCAGGGUUGUGAACAAAUUCAGCGCUCAUUUGUCAAUUUCUUCUUCUUCUUCCCUUGGAGGUCAAACUAGCUUUUUAUUUACAAAGCAGGUCAGUUGAAAUCUGGAGAUAAAGACGACUUCCUUUCUUGUCAGAUUAAGUGAACACUUUGAAAGUGGUGACGGGAGACACACACCUACAUGUUAUAAAAUCGAAGCUUUCUUCCUGUCUUCUAAUUGCACCUUUUACUCAAAAGGUGUUUUCAUGUUUACAAAUAAUAUAAUUGUGGGUUUUCUUUUAAUAAGUCUACUUUUCCUGAAAUGGAUUUAAAGCUCACAUCUGAGCUCUGUGUUUGCUUCAUUGACUAGAAAAGGAUGGUUGUGUAUUUUCCUCUUUACCCUGGCAACAGUUGACUUAAAAAAAAAAAAAAAAAAAACUACCAGGUGUGACAGUUCAAGUCUCCAAGUGGAUCAUUUCAUGUGCGAAUGAAUUUCUUAAUUUCACACCGAUUUGUGAUAGUCCUGUAUUAUGUGUAUAAAAACAACACAGGUGCUGUUAUUGUGGUACAUAAUGUAAAAAGUGUAAAUUCAUGUCCAUGUAAAAUAACCUUUGAAUUAAAGUGU